ACGGUCUUACUGCUCCAUGGGACAUGUCCGUCAUGUGAUAUUCGUUGCUCGAGAAAAAGUUCGGUGAUCGCUUUGUCCACCUUUUUAUUUUUUAUUUGCCCAAAGCACUUUGCGUCGAUCCUAGAGCCUGCAAAAUGGUAUCCGAGUGGGUGGCACCAAUUGUAAUCACCAGCAUUUGGGCCUUCAUUGGCAUCAUCUGCCCCUUUUUCGCCCGAGGACCAAACAGGGGGGUGACUCAAUGCUGCCUGAUGCUCACCGCAGCAACUUGCUGGCUGUUCUGGCUGUGCUGCUACAUGACGCAGCUGAACCCCCUGAUUGGACCCAAACUAAGCAUGAACGAAAUCAUGAUCAUGGCCCGCGAGUGGGGCAAUGAGAUCAAGGACACUAUGGCUGUCACCGUCUAAUGUCUGUCACCCUAAUGUAUUCUUUUCACUUGUUUUGUUAUUGUUUCUUUAUCCCGGAUGUUCCGACAUUCUGUAUUAUUAAUUUCCAUUUACUGUUCGAAGCAUAAAAUAAAUUGUAAUCGCGAUCACGCUCUGGGCAAACACGUUGUAGAAAAUCAUAGAUAAACAACAUAUUUGUAUACUUUGUACGCGCAAAGAUGUAAACUUAGCCUUGACUUUUUGGCCAAGCAUUCCCAAUAAUCGAGUGUCUUAAAAUGAAGAUUGAAACCUAAAAUAAAGUAUAUUUACACAA